AUUCCGCUUCCGUUUCCAUCCCUCGGACUCGCGACUACCAAAUGUUGUCCCUUCCUCUUCCUCGCCACGCCGAAGGCCCCAACCCCAAGGUCCCGACCACCUCCGCCUGCCUCCUCCGCCCGCGCGGCCGUCUCCUGCUCGGGUCCAGCAGAGCUGCCACGAAGAAUCUGCCGGCUUCCUCCCCGGAUGCUUCGAGCCUGCGCCUCGCCUCCGUGGCCGCCCCCUCCCCGCGCGCCUCUGUCCGACGCCCAGACGGCGGCGGCCUCCUCCUCCUCUCCGUCGCUGCUUCCGCGGUUGCAGUGUCUGCCAGCUUCAUAUUCUUUUCGGCGAUUCCCUCCAUGUUGGAUGGUAAGAGGGCAGCAGAGUCUCUUGAAAAGUCCUUUGAUCUCACAAGAGAGAAGCUUGCUGAAACUAUGGCUUCAGUGAGACUAGUUGCAAAAGAGAUCGGUGCCUUGAGUGUUGAUCUCAGUGACCUAAGUCAAGAAUUGACGAAGGUUGUGAGGAGUUCCUUGAGCAUUGUUCAUACAGCUGACGCUCAACUUCGCCAGCUGGCAACCUCAGCCCAACAAGGAACCGCUCAGGGGGCGGCUAACCGGAAGAAAGCAGUAGCGGAGCCAUUGGUGGCUACUACCGUGAGAGAAGUCCGUGAGUUGAUUGCGGACAUCCGGUCAGGAUUUGGAGCAGCCUUCGGCAUCGCCAGCCUUUUCAGCGUGUGGUCCAACCGGGCAGGACAUAACUUACAGUCUUCCGCACAGCUAUUUGUCACCACUUGUGUGGUUUAAGAGAAGGAGAUGGCAGUUAGUGUGUCCUACAUUGGGUGAACUGACAUGUUUAAGUGUUAGAUACAGAUAUUCCAUGACAAGCUUUUUGGGACAUAUUUAGAUAACUGAAUUAUGUAUUCUCAUCUGUUGAUAUCUUUGUUGGCACAACAGUUUGAA